AUGAUCAUUCGAACCUUAUUGACAGCAGCACUCUUACUCGAUCACUCUACCACUUCUAACUCAAUUUUGAAAAUAGCCGUGCUCAUUUUUGGUGAACAUAGCUUUGAAGAUCACGUUCAUUCCGUGAAGACCGCUUAUUUGGAAAUUUUUGAGACCACAUCUACUUAUAUUGGAAACUACACAGUAGUAGCAGAGUAUAUUGAUGGCGGAAAUCUCAGAAAUAAACCGAGCGCGAAUCGCUUCCAGCUGACCGACAAGGUGGUAUGUGAGCAAGUGAUCAAUCGAUCGAUUGCUGUGGUUAUCUAUGCGCCUUCUCUGAAUCGAGAAACUCAAUCUGAGUACUUGUCAAGGGUAUCUUCCACUGCGUACGCUGUUGGAUUCUACAGUAUUCCCACCAUCGGAGUUAUGGUCAGAGAAGCAGAAUUCAGUAAGAAGAAAAUAUAUCCGACAUUUGUGCGACCUACGCCAUCUUAUGCUGAUGAGUCGUUUGUGUUUCUUAACCUAUUGAGGCGUUUGGACUAUCGACAGGUCGUCGUCGUUAAUGUGAAGGGGGACAGAAAUGGCGAACAAUUUGUGGAGCUCUUCGAGAAGAAGCGGAAAAAGUACAAGAUCCAUGUUCAAAGUUACAUCGAACUGGAAAUCAAUGGCUUUUUGAACAGCUCACUCGCAGCUAGUUUUGAAGAGUUCACUUCAAACAUAGUCGCGCUAUACGCAACUAGUACUCAUAACAUAACGAGAAUUUGUGCCGAAAAACAUAAGGGGUUUUGUCGAUGUGCGGCCCCUGCCUCUGAAGAAGAUUUGGCUUCAGUGAUUAAACAGUUGCUGAAGAAGCAUCAACGACAAAACGCGCAACUAAUUCAGCAUGUUCGCAUGAUUAGCGGUGUGGAUCGUGCUGUUGACGAUCUGGCGGAAAAGCGUAAAGUAUGGGUGGUGAAUGAAGAUGCCAGCAAAGCGAGCAAUGUGCCGGACGGUGCGAUCGCUACCCGUCUUAGUCAAACCCCACUGUCUGCUCUACGGAGUUCUUUUGCUUCUAUCAAAAGCAGCCUUGAAUUCUUGGGCUCUUUUGAUGGAACAGUGAAUCCACCAUUGGGAUGUGGGAAGGACGCAGUCCACUCCAAAUGGUCCACUGUUCACGGACUGCAAUUUCUCAGAGAGGCGAUAAAACAAGAUCUCAAAGAGAGAAGAGCAGAAAUGUUGGCGGAAUCUGCAGAGGCGGGACAGAGCAUUCGCUACGCCUGUCGGGACUUCGCCACUCGUAAAACAAUAAUGACUGCUCUUCGGACCCCAAAUGGAACAACUAGAGCAUCAAGAAGGAGGAUGGAAAAGGUCAUUCACAACUUCUAUUCAGAUUUCUUUGACAGCCAUGUCCCCUUGCUUCCUCAGCAUCUGAGUGAAGAUGGAAAUGUCAUUCCAAAGGUCGAAGUCCGACAUGCCAUCAUGUCGGUGAUGAAUCGCACUUCACCGGGUCCCUACAGAAUUAAGCUUGAACAUCUGAAGUACCUACCGCCAGUCCUCAUCGACUCACUGACGAGGCUCUUCACUCGUUAUCUGUCGGAAUGCAAGGUUCCUAAGCAAUGGAAAACCAGCAGGACCGUGUUGUUGUAUAAAAAGGGAGAGCCACAUAAUAUCAGAACUAUCGCCCAAUCUGCUUACUCUCUGUCAUCUACAAGGUCUUCACAAGAGUAA